UAGUACUUCAGCUGACGGGUUUUCGUUGUUGUUAUUUUGGCGUGGAUAUUUAUUUAUUUUGAACCGAGAAUCGAUGUCUGGAUUUAAAUUAGGCAUCGUGCGACUAGGACGAGCCGCUGGAAAGACAAAGUAUGCUCUGCUCGAUGAACGUGACAUAUCUCUGGUUGAACAGUUUGCAUUCGAGGCACGAGUGGAGGUAGACAGAGAUGGCAAUGGUGCUAAAAUAUAUGCAUUUGCAUAUGAUAUUAACCGAGGUCGAAACACUGGCCAGUACCUUCAUGAGCUGUUGUGGGAAAGACAUUCUGGAGGUAUUGCACCGGGGUGGAAAGUUGUUCACCGGAACGGAGUAACGGUCGAUAACAGAAUGGAAAAUCUAAACUUGGUGCCGCACAAAUGCUCAGUGGCCUACCUUGAUGAACCAUCACGAAAAAACCGCGAGCAGAGUCUAUACUGGAUAACAGUGCAGCAGUUACAAGGAGAUCCACUAGAAGAGCAUUUUCCAGAACCAAUAUGUAACCGGUACUACAAUUCCAAUGGUGAAAUAGUGGAAACAGAAGAGGACAGCUGUGUGUUUUACGAGUGUCACUACCCGCCAUGUACCAACAUGGAGAAAGAGAUGAGAGAGUUCAGUAUAUGUGGAAGAUGUCAAGAAGUCAGAUAUUGUGGCACGUAUUGUCAGCAGAGAGACUGGCCAGUCCACAAGCGAAGCUGCAGGGAACGGAGACAUUUAUUUGUGUCUGAGCGGCCACCUGACCGAUAGCUUCAUUGUUUGUACAUUGUGUGUAUUAUAUGACUAACUUAUAUCGGAAUGACUGUCAGGUCCAUGGUAACAUUGUACAUUACUCAUUGCUCAUAGUGUGUGUAUAUCAUAUUUAUUACAUGUGUUCAGGUGUAUGAAAUAUUCUAGAAAAGGUGGAUGCUGGAAUGAAUGUUAAUCUAUGAAUGUUAAUUACUGAGGAUAUAUUCCAUUUUAAAAAUACUGAUUAAUGCAGUGUUAAUUUAGAUUGAAAAUGAUGUAACUGUUAAUUUAGAUUUUUAAGUAAGAUCUUUUUUGAACAUGUAUACAAGUAUAAUAUCAGUUUGUUAAUAAUAAAUAACUGAAGGAUGUUUUUUUUUUUACUUUCUAUCUUUUUUUUUCUUUUUUUUUCUUUCUUUGUUUUCUUUUCUUUUCACAAACUUAGUCUACAAAUGUUGACAUAAACAACAUUUUCAAAAAAUUAUUAUGCUUAAAAUUAUGCAUCCAUCAAACUGAAAGAAUUGUAAAAGGACAAACAAACAAACACAUCUUAGUAGGCUUCAUUUUAGAUUUAAAAAAGGAUUAAUUUUUGCUUAAGUAUUCAUAUUUUCCAAAAAGUGUAACCCCCCCACCCAACCAACCAGAAAUCCUGUGUGUGUGUCUUCAUACAUAAUCUUUCUACUAAUUGGAGAUACUUUCAAGGCUUUUAUGGAUUGUAACAAUGUGUUAGUAUUGAGAAUAGUAAGUUUGUGUUUUUGUGUUGAGAGUAGAAAAUUUGUGUUUUUGUUAUAUGAAUAAUUUAUCUUCAUUGUAAUUCCAGCAAAAUGUUAUUAUGUUCCAGUGAAUUCCAUAUUUAUUUAACUUGGUCCUGUUUAUGUGUUCGUUUAGUGCUUUCUGUGUAGUUAUAAAAGAACUUAAGUCACUGUGUGUGUGUGUGUGUGUGUGUGUGUGUGUGUGUGUGUGUGU